CUGACAGCUCGGUAAUCCAGUCUGAUCGCUGAUCCUCUGGCAAAAAAAAACAACAAAAAAAACAAGGACCUUAAAGAAGCAAGACAUCGACACACUCAAACCCUCUCGCCUAACUUAACACUGACAAAAAAUGAAAGCAAUAAGCCCCGUGCGGUCCUUCAGGAAAACCAACGCGAAUUUAUCAGAGCACUCCUUGGGAAUCUCUCGGAGCAAGACCCCGGUGGAUGACCCGCUCAGCCUGCUGUACAACAUGAACGACUGCUACUCCAAACUGAAGGAGCUGGUGCCCAGCAUCCCCCAGAACAAGAACGUCAGCAAGAUGGAAAUCCUGCAGCAUGUCAUCGACUACAUCCUGGACCUGCAGAUUGCGCUGGACUCCAGUGUCGCACUAACCAGCCUGCAUCACCCUGCGCGGCCGGGGCAGGCUCCAUCCAGGACCCCUCUGACCACCCUCAACACAGAUAUCAGCAUCUUGUCAUUACAGUCCCCGGAGUUGCCAUCAGAGCUGAUGACAGAUGACAGCCGGACUCUGCAUCGUUAAAGCGGUGUUUGGUCAAGACGCAAAACACAUACACACACACACACAUACACACAUACACACACACAUAUAUAUAUAUACACACACACACACACACACACACACACACACACACACACACACACACACACACACACACACACACACACACACACACACACACACACACACACACACACACAGGACCUGGGGAGCAGGACUUUCCCCUCUCCAACCUCUGUCCUCCAGGCCUGGAUUUUUUUUUUUUUUUUUUUUUCUUCUGACGCUGAAAUCAAGAGACUUUUGCUUAUUAUGGGACAAUCUUAUGUGAUGUGUUUUCUGUUUGGACACUUCAUUAUUUAACUUAAGACUUUUUUUAUUUGUGGGUCCUUUCUGGAAACGGAAGGCGCGCUAUAUUCCCGACAGUGGGAGGAAAAACGAGAUUAUUGUCACAAGGAUUAUUCCCCCCCUCCCCCACACCCUCCCGCCCCCUCACCCCUGUCCCUCUCCUUGUUCUUCGCUUUUUUGCGGAGGUGGGAACGUGAAUAGAAAAGACAACUUGGUUAGUUACUGUAAAAAGUUUAGUCUUGUCUUGUCAGAAUUGUUGGCACAUGAAGGACUGGACGUUGUUUAAAAAGGAAAAAAAAAAAAGUUAAGAAUGAAAGAAUGAAACCAUGUGAACUCUUAUCGGGAGUUUAUCUUGUAUAGUUGCAGGAAUUUGAAACUUCUGCAAAAGUGUAAUGUUGUACUUAAUUAUGCUGAAACUUUUUAUAAAAGUAAUGUAAAUUGUACCUUUUUUUUAUACAAAAUAAAUCAAAAACGCAACUUG